AUGGCCUCACAGAGAGCCAAAAGGCCAUCAAACAUGGGCAGGAAGCUUUGCCUCUCCUCUCUCUUCUUCUUCAGAAUCAGAGACGCUCCAAAAACCCUUUCAACUUUCUCUUCUUCUCGAGGCCGGCCUUGCUGCAUCCUCCCCAAAACCCAGUCUUUUCGCGCUAGCGCCGCCGCCGAUGACAUCUUCAAGACAGUGAACUCCAUCUACUUCGACUCGCAGGACUCAUUCCUCACAGUCUCCGAAGACGAAAUGCAGAGCUUCACGGCCACUUCCGUUUCCGGCGACUUCUCGGGCGACUACUAUACCUCCGUCGUACGAAAGCUGACAUCCGAUCGGCUUUUCUUCGAGCCGGGGGAAGCCAGUGCGUCGAUCAUGGUGAAAGCCAAAGCAUCCGGCGGGGUUCUGUUCAAACAGAGCAUUGCCAUGACGGUGGAUUCAGAGGAUCCUGGCAGGGAUUUUAGGGUUUCGAUGGAGGAGAUGGUGGCGGCUAAUGGGGUCAAAGAUUGGGAGAAACUUGUUGAACUUGUUGUUUGGUUUUUGAGGGCCAAUGGGAAGGAGAAUCACGGCUUCAUAUUUGGGGCUUUUCUGGAAUUGCUUGUUGGUCUCUGGAGAUUGAGGAAUUGCAGGAGGAAAGCGAGUUCUGCUGAAUCAUCUGAAGGUUCAAGAGUCCGUCCGGAGGUCAAUCCGGAUGCACCACAUCAUCCAAUGCACUGUGCAUUGGGUGAUGUGGCACGUUUGGAUUGGCCUCCCGGACAUCGCAAGCAAUAA